GGGACGCGGAUCCUGGCGCCGAGCCCUGCGCGCGCGCCUGCAGGGUGGACCUGGACGAGCGCGAGUCCUACUGCGCGAGCGAAUUCGCAGUGAACGGAAUCGUGCAUGACGUGGACGUGCUCGGCACAGGGAUCCGGCUGGUGACUCUGCUGGUGGACCGGGAUGGGCUGUACAAGAUGAACCGCCUGUACAUCACUCCGGACGGGUUUUUCUUCCGAGUCCACAUACUAGUCCUAGACUCCUCCAGCUGCAAUAAGCCAUGCCCAGAGUUUAAACCUGGAAGCAGGUAUAUUGUGAUGGGCCAUAUCUACCACAAGAGACGCCAGCUCCCUACAGCUCUGCUCCAGGUCCUGAGAGGACGGCUCCGACCAGGAGAUGGAUUGCUCAUGAGUGGCAGCAGCUACGUGAAGAGAUUUAACCGAAAAAGGAAUGGGCAAGUUCAAAGUGCCGUUCACACCCAGUGCGUUUGAAAAUGUACUACCCUCGCACUGCUGGAUUGUAAGAGACAUGUCGCAUUCAGCAACAAGACAGGAGAGGUCUGUCUUCACGGAAUGGGGUCUUCCUGUGGAGGAGGGCACACAGCUCCUUCUGGAACGGAUUGUGUAGUUCCAACUCUAAUCUCGAAGUCGCCACUUUCUUAUUUGCAAAAUGGCUCUUCAGUGGUAUGCUUCUGAGGUCCCUGGCAAAGUUGCUGGAGUCUAGUGGCAUUUAUUCACACAGCUCAGAUAACUGACCUGUUCAGUUAGCAGAUCACUGCUUCAUGUGGUUUAUUUUUAAUUAUUUUAAUUUAAAUACAUUCUUCAGUAGAAAGAGUUCACAAAAAAGCAUUUCCUUGAUUUUAAAUAUACAGCUUUGAAUAGGUUAUAUCACAUUAUCAAACCAAGUUUCAUACUAAAACCAUCACAUUUUAAAUUCUGUACAUAACAGCGCACUAGUCAAAAGACAUGUAUGAAAUGUCAUUUAGAUCAAAACACUAGGGUCAGAACUCAAGACAAGUAUUCAAGUUUUACACUUAAAGAGUACUAACAGGCUUAAUUCAAGCAAAAUAUUAUUCAAACAAGUGUUCCUGAUGUACCAAAAUGUAAGAAAUAGUUAUUCUCUUCCCUCCCUGCUCCUAAAAACAAUUUGUGCCAAACUGGCAACUGUCCCAAUGCUAAACAUAUUCUGGGUGUAUCUGAUGUCAUUUUUCUAUUAAGACCGAGUAUCGUGUUUGUGUUUGUAAAGUAGUAAAUCUUGCCUUGAAAUCA